CUCGGUCAGCUAGCAAAAGGAGCAAGACUCGAGAAAAUCCUCUUUUAGAAGACUCGUCAGAAGAAGAUUGAGCAAGAUUGUGGUUCCCAUACUCUCCAACCCGCCCGAGCCUCAUCAUGAAUAACUCCAACGAUCCUCGGCGACCCGAAAAGAUCGUGCGGUGAAAUUUCAUCUCAAAGCUGCUCUCAUGGCUUGUGCCACGCCCUCCGUUUGAUUGGGCUUCGGGGUGCCAAUCCCCGCCAUGAGCUCGUCGAGCCGGAAGAUUUGGAUCGGAAAUAUCGAUGUGAAAGCGACCGAGUAUCAGCUUCUCAAGCUGGUCGAGCCCUUUGGGGCCAUAGAACAUUUUGAUUUUGUCUAUUCGCUCAAUGCCCAGGGGCAGAGGGUGCCCCGAGGCUUCGCUUUCGUCACCUUUGAACAAGCCAUCUCGGCUGUCAAGGCCAUUCGCCAACUGGACAGCUUGAAGGUCUUGUCACGCCAUCUGCGCGUCAAACCCGCCACUUCCAAUGCCGAUCCCGCCCUUAAAGACCUCAAGCGACCACGACCCGGCCCAUCUUGUACGGCUUCUUCGUCGGCUUCCUUGAGCCUGGGCGAGAAACAAGCCAAAAUUAGGGCCAUGGAGGCCAAGCUAAAGGCACUUCAGACCAAUGAUCUUGAAUUUAAAGUGGUGACCCCAACCACCCACAAGUCGUCCAAGUCAUCGUGACCCUUAGCCAGGUCUCUGCUGAUCGAUCUCAAUCUUUGUCAAACCAGUCGUGAAAUAAGUAUGCAAUUAUGUGUAUGUA